AUGAGGGUCUCGCAAAUCCCCCUCCUCUUCACCACACUGGGUGCCAGCCUUGUGCUCGCUCAAGAACGCUGCGACGCACCCUCGCCAGGCAUAUACUGCAACUCCACGGAAAUUCUCGCAUACCACUCGGACGACUGCAAGCCUUUCCACGUCUUCAUCUCCCGUGGCUCCGAUGAGCCCUACCCAGGCCGUCUAGGCAACCUCACCUCAGAGAUUUGCGCAGCAAUUGGAGGAUCAGAAGAGUGUGGUUACGAGGAUGUCGAGUACCCAGCGAAGAGCACAGCGUGGGGACAAGGCGUUUGGUGUGAUUCUGCGGGCAAGGGUGCGAAGAGCGGACAGGCGCAGAUGAAGGCGUACAGCGAAAAAUGCCCUGAUAGCAAGUUGAUUGUGUUGGGUUACUCGCAGGGAGGAUCCGUGGCACAGGACAUGCUUGGUGGAGGAGGAGGUUCUGUCUUCGCAUGUGAGCAAGACAUGAACCCGGCUCUAGACGCUACGUCGGCUCCCGGCUCUAAUGCCGUAACCUUUGGCGCUGUCGUUCGUUCUAAAGACCAGAAUUUCACUGUCGGUCGCGGCGUAGACUACGACGGCACCAGCGCGCGCAGCCCCGAACACCUUGAAGGCCUUCAGCAAUACUCCGACGUCUUCCUGGACUACUGCCACUACGGCGACCCAAUCUGCGCCGUCGGCUCCGAGCCCCAGGAUGUAAACGAGCACCUGAACUAUUUCGUCCAACACAACCCGGAAGUGAUCAAGUGGGUAGUUGGUAUGGCCAAGGCAAGCGGUGAUGUGAGUGCGAAACCCAGCAAGCCCGUAAUCAGCGCUUCUUCUUCCUCGACAAGUGUGGCAGCGAGACCCCAAGCCACGCCAUCCGGAUCCGCCACCCCCUCGCCUAUUGCAACGACAACUGACGGAAACGAGAAGAGCGCACAAGCAACCACUACCGCUACAGGUGCUGCUAGUUCGCUGACUGCUACUCUCGGGUACCUGACUGCGCUGGCUUUGACCGUAGCUGUGUUCUUGUAG